AUGUCAGAAGACUAUUUGUGGUUUGAAGGGAUAGCUUUCCCUAAACGGAGUUACAAACCUGAAAGAAUUAGAGAAGUACGCGAUGAGUUUGUGAUGAAGGAUGACGAUGUAGUAAUAGUGACUUACCCCAAAUCAGGAACAAACUGGUUGAUUGAGAUUGUAUGCCUGAUUCUCUCCAAGGGGGAUCCCAAGUGGAAUCAAUCUGUGCCCACCUGGGAACGCUCGCCCUGGAUAGAGACUGUGCAUGCACAUAAAUUUAUAGAUAAUAUGAAGGACCCACGCCUCUUCAGCUCCCAUCUCCCUUUCCAACUCUUCCCCAAGUCUAUCGUCGGUUCCAAGGCCAAGGUGAUUUAUCUCAUCAGAAAUCCCAGAGAUGUUAUUGUGUCUGGUUAUCAUUUCUUGAAUUCAGAGUUUUUUAUUGAGAAGCCAAAGUCACUGCAACAAUAUUUUGAAUGCUUCAUCCAAGGAAAUGUGAUAUACGGAUCAUGGUUUGACCAUGUGCAUGGCUGGAUACCAAUGAGAGAGAAGGGAAACUUCCUGAUGCUGAGUUACGAAGAGCUGAGCAAGGACAAAAGAAGCACUGUAGAGAAGAUCUGUCAAUUCCUGGAGAAGAAGUUAGAACCAGAAGAGCUGGACUUAGUCCUCAAGAAUAGCACCUUCAAGGCCAUGGAAGACAACAACAGGUCCAACUUUUCUCUCCUGAAUGAAACUGCUUUCAGCAGCAUUCCAUCUAUCAUGAGGAAAGGCAUCUGUGGGGACUGGAAAAAUGUCUUGACAGUGGCCCAAGCUGAAGUCUUUGAUAAAAUAUUCCAGGAGAAGAUGGCAGAUCUUCCUCGAGAGCUGUUCCCAUGGCAAUAA